CAGGAUUGGGAUUGGGAUUGUUGUUCUUACAAAUCCAGAGGCUCUCGAUUUAGUCCUAUCUACCUUAGUUGCCAGCGGAUCAUACUGGUUUUAAGGGGCCAGUUUCUCUCGCCAUCAGAGUGUUUGCUAAGAAAUCUGGGCUCCCUUUACAAAACAACACACAACAAUGUCUUUGUCUGCCAUACAGAAGAACGUCGAAGCAGCGUCGGCAAAGUACUCCUCGUCCUUCACCAAGGGACAUCUCGCCCUCCCACCAGCGAAGAAGUAUCUUGUUCUGACAUGCAUGGACGCACGAAUCGACCCUGCACAAGCAUUUGGUAUCGAGCUUGGUGAUGCUCAUGUCAUUCGGAAUGCUGGAGCCUCGGCACAUGUUGCGUUGCGCAGCAUCGUCAUCUCGGAGCAGCUCCUGGGGACGCAGGAGAUAGUCCUUGUCAAGCAUACUGGCUGCGGCAUGUUGACGUUCGAUAAUGAGGAUGCGUAUGGCUUGGUCGAGAAGAACCUUGGACCGGAUGCAGCGGCUGAACUCAAAGCGCGCGGACUGGACUUUCUCCCUUUCGCGGAGUUGGAGCAAGCGGUGAAGGAUGACGUGAAGUAUCUGGGAGAUACAAAGCUGGUGCCAGACAAUGUGACUGUCAGCGGGUGGAUAUAUGAGGUCGAGACCGGUAAAACUCGCAGAGUAUUGUAAGCGAGUGUUCCAUCGGUGGAAGCUCGAUCGGUGGGUGGAAAGUUCUCCUGACCCAGGACGGACACGGGGCGAGUGCUCCUCGAGGGGAGCGUUGUCGGUAUGCUUUGUCACGACCCUGGCUGAGCGGGCAUACUGUGGUAGACUCUCAAGAGUUCCAAGGAUACAGAUCUGUCGUAUAACUCUCUCCACCCGAGCCUGGC